GUGGGAUUUGAUACCGGAAAGUAUUUCGUAUUCAUGUCGGCUGGCAUCAUACUAACAGUAAGAUAUUCCUGCAUGAGUGAAAGCAUUGUUUUACAUAAGCAUGUAGUUUUAUUUGCGUGUAGGAGGAGGGGCAUCGAGCUGUUGUGAAUGAGAUCUGUCCGUGGUGCUGAUUUAAGACUUGGUCAAACCGAUGAGGGAGGGAUCAGUUCCUGUGUGUUCCUGUUGAAUGAGUGACAUUGUCUCCUGAAGCUUUGACAGGAUGCACAAGAACAGGGACUGUCACUGCCGAUGAGUCUCUGAGCAAGCCACUGCAUGGGUCCUAACCCCUCACCCAUCUCUCUGGAUAAGCGCGUCAGCUAAAAGCGGUUAAAUGUAAAUGCGAAAGCCUCUGUGAAGACUCAGAAGAAGGGAUUAAAAUCCUCAACGCUGGAUGUUUCAAAGCUGAAUCCUCCCCGCUAGCUGCACAGCGCCCGUGGCUAAAUCAGAAAUUCAUGAAAAACUGCACAGAAGCAGCCACAUCAGCCCGCUUCAUGACGAUCCUCUGCACGUGUCAUUUUCCUUUAAGAUGAUGUAAGACACUUCAUGGGACCACUUUUUUUUGUCUCUCUCUCUCUCUCUCGCGCUCUCUUUUGCACAGCCUUGAGAAACAUUAUCUUAAAGCUUUUGUUGGACCAAACGUUUCCGCACUCAGCAGUUUGGAGAGAUGGGCGCGCGCCGGAGUCCCGCGUCCACCCCUCUCUCUGAGAGCGACCUCGGAGCAUGCUUCAACAUCCCAGUUGUCACGAGGGACGCUCAGUAGCAGAAUAGCGGGACGCACGAAGGUUUUUUUCUACAUUAACUCGAGCUAACGUGAUUAAACUUGGAGCCAGACGCAAGACGGCGAACCUUUCCAAAGAUAACUUUCGCUGAAAAGCAAAUCAUUUUACUAUUUUCAAAAUGGAAUUUUCAAAUUGAAGCGCGGAUUAUAUUUCUCAGAAGUCACACUAAUGACCCCUCGCAGUGCAGGUGUGUAACAUGACGCGCUGUCGGGUUAUGAUAAUUGAGUGUGUUCAAAAAGGAUGCACCUUGGGCAGGCACAUUUACGCAUGGGGUUAAAGGCUCGAUAGCAGGCACACCUUGGGAUAGUUUGACAUGAGACUCUGGAUGCGAGGGCUGCAGCUUAUGUCAGGACUAUGCUUCGGGUCUGAGUGCAUCAACGGCAUGCAGCUACACCCCACACCCUAAACUUCUGGGAAUUUUGCGCUCCAAGACGAGGCUCAGGUUUCGUGCACGUAUUUGGGGGAGAAAAUGGCACUGAGCGAAAAUUGCAAAACCCAACCUGCUAAAGAACAAGACUUGGUGCAGAACCCUCCAUCGGAUGUGGUUGAGCUUAACGUAGGUGGACAGGUGUAUUACACUCGUAUUGCCACCUUGACGAGUUUUCCAAAUUCUUUGCUGGGGAAGCUUUUCUCGAACAAGAAGGGGUCUUCAAAUGACUUGGCCCGGGACCUUAGAGGACGUUAUUUUAUUGACAGAGACGGCUUUUUGUUCCGGUAUGUAUUGGAUUACCUUAGAGACAAGCAAGUUGUCCUCCCUGACCACUUCCCCGAGAGAGGAAGGUUGAAACGAGAGGCGGAAUACUUCCAGCUUCCAGAUUUGGCCAAACUUUUGUCAUCCGAGGAGUCAAAAUUACUCCAGGACGACUUGUACUACAGUGAUUUCGAUGAUGUGUCGCAGGGCAGCGACCAGAGGUUUUACCCCCCGUACUCUCUGGACAGAAGGUACGGCUACAUCACGGUCGCUUUCAAAGGUGUAUGCGCCGGGGGAGGCAGAGAAAGUCAAAUUGAUGCCAAGACCAAAAAGUUACCGAGGAUCUCCAUCAGCAGCAGGAUCGGCUUAGCGAAAGAGGUGUUUGGAGACGCCCUGAAUGAUAACAGGGACUUGGACAGACCGCCGGACCGGUACACCUGCAGGUUUUACCUUAAGUUCAGGCACCUGGAGAGAGCUUUUGACAUGCUGUCAGAGAGCGGCUUUCACAUUGUGGCCUGCAACUCGUCCCUGACUGCGUCCUCCAUCGGUUACGCGGAUGACAGGGUCUGGUCCAAUUACGCACAGUACAUCUUCUACCGUGAGUGA